AUGUCGAUUCCUAACGAGGCCCUGCAAAAAAUUUUGCGGGAGAUAGGUCAGAAGAAGGCCUUUGCCGAGCAGCAACUUGCCAUUGUCCGACAACAAAUGGCCGUCAAGAACCGAGAGAAUCGUAUGCUUCAGUUGACAGCCAGUGAAGUAGGGUCACUGCCAGAGGAUACCAAGGUCUAUGAGGGCGUUGGUAAAAUGUUUGUUUGCACCCCCAUUCCGGAGGUGCAGAAGAGGAUCUCAUUCGAGAGUGAUGAACUCAAAUCAGACAUGUCGAACUUGGAGAAGAAGCAGGACUACUUGGAGAAGACCUAUCAAAAUAGCAAGCAAAGUCUCGAACAAGUACUUCGCGGAGGAGGAAGCUGA